ACCCUCCAAUCGAGCUCCAUCGACGACCACGACGACCACCACCACCCUCGAUCACGCCCUCUGCUGCGAGCAACGCGCUGUACGCGAGCUGCGAGCCUCCCCCACAUCCUUGCGUCGGACGCCGAACGUUACUCAUCCGUGGACCUGAAUUCUGGACGGCGAGACGUACACCCUGCCGACGCCCAAGUCCGACCGGAACGUGAGCCUUGGUCCGUGCGAUCGCCCCUGUCGUGUCUCGCCAUCAGACAAUUGUAGCUUGUGCCACUCAGAUCCUUCGAGGGUGGUGAGUAGCCUCCUGCUCUCCGCCUCGAGCGUUACACACGUGUGCCGCACGGCAGUCCACGCAUCUCGCGCCUGCAGAGUUGGUUUGAGUACUUUGUACCCAUGGGGAUCGCCGCCAGUAUGAGCACGAUAGCAGACGAAUCGCCCCCUGAUUAUGACGUAUUGCGCUACGUGCCGCCCCCCGUCGCCGUCGGUCUCACCAAUCUUGCACCCUCUCUCGCACCCGGCGCCGCACCCUCAAUACCCGGGCCCGCCGCAGUCGAGCUCGUCCCCGAUAGCAACGCCGCUGCUUCUCCCAACAGCGGCACGGACGGCAGCGUGCGCGCCCCCCGCGCCGACCACACCAGCCUCCCCCCAGAACUGUGGCUGGAGAUCUUCCGGUACGCGACGCACGUUCCCCGCGCGCGCACGAUCGCACCCGCGGACCCCUUCACGCCGGAGCGGCCCGCGAACUACGCGUGGGGGAUGAACUCGCCGAUCCAGUCGAUGCACACCAAAUGCGUGCUCGUGCGCGUGUGCCGCGUCUGGCGCGCCCUCGCGACGGAGCUGCUGUACGGGCAUGUCGUCCUCGGCAGCGCCCGGCGCGUGCAGCUGUUUUACAGGACCCUCUUUGAGAGCCGCGAGGCGGAGAGGAAAGCCAUCGCCGUUGGCGGGGGAGAGGUAAUGGGGCAUGGGCGCUGGGUGCGCCACUUGGAGGUGCGCCGGUGGGCGCGGACGACCCGGUCGACCCAGUACUGGGAGUGUGUGGUGCGCUCUGUGUACAUGUGCCCGCGGCUCCGCGUCUUCAGCGGCAUAUGGCAGGACCUCCUUCCGCAGAACCUGCCCGCCGCGCUGGAACAGUAUCUCCCGAGUACCCUACAGGAGCUCUACUGGCAACAGGACGGCGUCGUCGUCGCGGAGAAGGAGCUUCCCAUUCUGACCACGUCCUUCCUGUCCAAGUUCUCUACAUUGCGUGUCCUCGAUCUUCGCAAGAUCUGCAUCCUGGACGCGGAGCGCAGUAUCAAGGACGUCCAAUUUGUCGCGCUGACUCUCCCUCACGUUGUCUAUCUAGCCCUGCCGACGUGCCCGCUCCUCCUGCGCUUCGCAAGCAUGCAAGACAUGCCCGCCCUUCGGUAUCUCGUGCUCGAUGCAGACGGGGCCCCGCGGACGGUAUGGGCGCCUUGGGUAGUGAAGGAGCUCGCGAACUUCCUCGACAAGCACGGCCCGAAGCUCACCACAGUCGAGCUCCUCCCCGCCGUCACGCAGUCCUUCAGGCCGGGCCCGAUCGGCAUCUCCGCCUUCCUCUCGCCCACGACCUGUCCGAACCUCGACACGCUCGUGUUCGACUGCCGCGAGAAGGCGCUGUGCCCCUCGGGCGCUGCGCUCGCGCAGGUCGCCGACCGCGACGCGCGGGAGCACGCCGCGCGGGCCGCGGCGAGCGCAGCGGCGGGGACGACGGGGGCGGCGGCGCCGCUGCUCGAGGCGCCGCACCCGCGUCUGCGGCGCGUCGGGAUCCGCGGGACGGGCAUCAGCCGCCUGUACCCCAACAAGCCGUCGCAGGCGCAGGCGCACCUCGCGGUGCUCGCGGGCUGCCGCGCGUUCUUCCCCGCGCUGGAGGUCGUGCGCACGCUCGGCUUCCUGGUGGGCACGUCGACGGACCCGUUCGCGCCGGACGUGUUCAUCUGGUGGACGGAGCGGUUCGAGCGUGCGGGCGUGGACUUGCAGGACGGGGAAGGCGUGGUGUGGUUGUUGGAGGAGGAAGAGAAGAAGGGGACUGAGAAGGAGAAGGAGCGCGAGCGAGGGCCGACGCCCGGUGACGGUGCGGGUAGUAUGGUCGAGACCCAGACGGCCGAGAAGGAGAGGUGGGCGCAGCGGCAAAGGACGUGAAGACAGCGGCAUCGACGGCGUAGACGGGACAUUCAGACGCACCAGGAAGGAAGGAAUAUUCAUCGCACAUUGCACAUGUAUCAUAAC